GUCUCCCCCAAUCUUACCGCGCUACAUGUCGACCUUAUGGUUGACUGUAGCUGUCCUUCUGGUAUCUUUGCUCCCGCAUCUCUGGUAUCAGCGAAAGGGAAAACACCCCUACAGCUCCCUUCCCUUUCCUCCUGGUCCCAAGCGCCUCCCAUUCAUAGGUAAUCUGUUCAACCUACCCAGAGGCCACGAUGCGUCUGUAUAUCGGGAUUGGUCGAGAGAGUUCGGCUCUGAGAUCGUUCACCUCGACGUGAUUGGGAUGCAUGCUAUCGUCGUAAACUCAGCAAGGGCAGCACGUGAAAUCUUCGAGAAGAGGUCCUUGUUGUAUUCUGACAGACCUUCCUUUCUGGUACUAAAUAAGAUGCUCGGCUUUCGUUGGGCCCUGGGCUUCAUGCCAUACGGUCGGAAAUGGAGAAACGCGAGAAAGGCGUUCCACAGUUGCUUCAACUCGACUGCAUCUCUGCGCUACCAUCGCCUCGAACUACAAGCAUCACAAGAGCUCCUGCGUCGUCUUCUGGAUACUCCUCAAGCUUUUGUCGAACAUGUGCGACACAUGGCGGUAGAUCUCAUCCUUGAGAUCACGUACGGCUCCAACAUGAGAUCAAUGGGAGAUACGGGUGACGAUUAUGUUAUCAUCGCGGAGAAGACACUGGAUGCUAUGCUCAUUGGCAGCACACCGCACGCUGUCCUCCUCGAUUCGUUCCCAAUUUUGUCUAGGCUUCCAGCGUGGUUUCCGGGUGCAGGCAUCAAGCGAGAAGCGACUAGGUGGAGGCCAUUCGUCGAAGCUAUGAUGGACGUUCCGUAUCGCAAGAUGAAGGAGACAGUGAGAGAUGGCACAGCACCUCCCUCUGUAGCGUCAUCAAUGGCUUUCGAACUUGAAAGUAAAGGUGUCCCGGAAGAUAUAAUCAAGCAGACAACAGCAUCUAUGUAUCUUGGGGGGGUGGACACUACAGUCUCCGCUCUGUCAUCUUUCUUCCUGGCUAUGGUCCUGUAUCCAGAAGCUCAGGACAAAGCACAGAAAGAAAUCGAUACCGUCGUUGGCAACGAGCGAUUGCCUGAAUUUUCUGGCGAAGCCUCGUUACCGUACGUUGGGGCUCUUGUAAAGGAGGUUUUGCGAUGGCGCCCAGUUUUGCCCCUGGCAAUUCCUCAUCGUGCCUCAUCAGACGAUGAAUAUGAAGGAUACUACAUUCCCGCCGGGUCUCUCGUCAUCGGGAACACCUGGGCAAUUAUGCAUGACGAAAGCGUCUUCCCAGACCCAGACUGCUUCGAUCCUGGACACUUUCUAGGCGCGAACGACACUUCCCCUGACUUUGCGUUUGGCUUCGGCCGACGAGUAUGUCCGGGCCGAUUCAUGGCGUACUCGUUGCUGUGGGCGAUGAUAGCUUCCGUGCUCGCCACGUUCACCAUCAGCAAGGCCGUCGAUGAAGACGGGAAUGAGAUCGAAGUCUCCGACGACUAUACGGAGGGCAUGGCAACGUUUCCCCUUCCGUUUGAGUGUCGUAUUGAGCCCAGAUCAUUAGCGGCUGCGAGUCUCGUACGGUCGACCGUGCUCUAGAGACUAGGUAGUAGGGACAAGGAAAGUUCGUGAUGCUGGAUAGUCCUGUAGCUGUAGGCUCUGCAUAGCAACCCGUGCAGCUUCUACC